CUCAGUGACAGGAUGCAUUGUCGUUGUGAAGACUUCAAUUUUUUGUGCUCCGCAGAUUCAGUCACUUUCACUGAAUGUCCUCCUUUAAUAGCAGAGACUCCAGCUAAGAAGAUUUGAAGAAGGAAUUGUAAUUCCGAAAUAUCAUCGGACUAUAGAUAACCAAAUUACAACAGAGUGAAAUAACAGCAACAACUCCAGCAAUAACACCAAUGAAAACCCGGAAUCAAACUGAUACAAAUCAAUCACUCACGCACUCAAUUGAUUGAUCAAUCAAUCAGUCAGUCAAUAAACUAGUCAAUCAAUCAAUACAUCAAUUAAUCAAUCAGUCAAUCAACCAUAAAAUUCAAUGGAAUCAAACAAUGACAACUGGUCAGAAAAAUUAUCAGAAACCAUUCAGAGGAUCCGUAAGUAUGUGAUAUUCAUCCUCACAUAUGUCGCCUACUGUAUCACACGAUACAUCGUGUUGUUAUUCCAGCGGAUAUCAUGGGGCAUCAUGGGAGUAGAAUACAUUCGCAGGGACGCUCGCCGGGGACUCCAAUAUAAGCAGAGUGCACAUGUCCAAGAUAUAAUUUGGAGAAGGAAGUUGUAUGAUAUCAGCAUAGCACAUCCAGUGAAUUUCAUUACGGUCCAUAAUGGUUUCAAACACCCGACAUAUGUCUUGAAACAGAAGGUGACGCUCUACUGUCUCACUAAACAUGAAGCUGUGUUUGUUGAGACGACAGAAAAUGUCGACAUAUACAGCUCAGAUGUGAUUCCAGCAUUUCAUAAUGCUCAGUUUAAACAUGCUCAAAAGAUUAUUACCAUGCCAUUAGCUUCUUUCCAUAAAAUGGCUUCUGAUCUUGGUGAACCACGCAUGCCUAUCAUCUGGAUCUCUCGAACAUGGCGCUGUGGUUCAGCAAUCAUGCGACAGAUGUUUGAAAGUAUACCUGGUACAAUGGUAAUUGGUGAGCCAGAUGCUUUAACAAGUUUAAGCAACCUGGAACGAGAUCAAAUCAUUUCAAAGUCAGAAUAUAAGCAGCUUUUAGAAAGUACCAUUCGAAUUCUUUGUAAACCAAAUGAACGAGCUAAGUUGGUGUGUAUCAAGACCAGACCAUGUUGCUUCCGAAUGGUACCUGACAUCUAUUCCACACAGCCAUCCAUUAGACAUAUAUUUAUGUACCGAAACAGCCUAAAGACAGUCACAUCCGUUGUAGGAACCACACUGAAUUCUAAUAUUCUCUUCCAAAUUGUUCGUUUUAUUGUUGACAACAACAGCCUCUCCAAAAUACUGCCGUGUGUGCGCCGUAAGAUGUAUGACAUGUUUGGUCAUUUAAACAAGAGUGACAAAACAUUGAAAGAUACGGCACCAAACUUUAGCACUGUUGGAAUCAUCAUUGCUGGUUGGGCUUCGAGUGUUUCAAAAUGUGAGGAACUUCGUAAUUACAACAUACCAAUUCUACCAGUUAUUUUUGAAGACCUCAUUAAAUAUCCACGUAAAACUUGUGAGCUUCUCUUUGAAUAUUUCCAUAUUCCUGAAGAAAAUGUAACUUUGGCAGUUGAUGGUUUUCGAAAGGACACAAGACGAGCAUCAACAAUUCUUGCCAGGUUACCAUUAAAGAAUGAAACAAGAAGGAAUAUUGAACCAGAAAAACGAGCCGAGGCUGAUGCAAUUUUAAAGAAAUAUUCUUUACCAAAAUUAGGAGAACGUUAUGAAAUUCCAGGAUUUUUAAGUAUUGAUUGAGUUCUUUCAAAUAUUUUAACUAGUCCUUAUUCAAUUUAGUUUAAAACUGCUAACAGUUCUAUUAUUAUUAUUAUUAUUAUUAUUAUUAUUAAGGUGGUAAGCUGACAGAAUCAUUAGCAUGCUGGACAAAAUGCUGAGUGAUAUUUUGCUUGUCUUUAUAUUCUAAGUUCAAAUCCUGCCAAGGUUGACUUUGCCUUUCAUCCGUUCAGGGUGACUAAAAUAAUUACCAGUCAAAAACUAGGGUCAAUGUAAUUGACGAGCGCCCACCCAGUAAAUUUCAGGCCUUGUACCUAUAGUAGAAAAGAUUAUUAUUAUUCAGUAGUUUUAUUUUUAUAGCGUGCUUUCACUUCACUACCGAGCACAGUUCUGUGCGCCUUGGGUAUGUGCUGUGGUUUGCUGUGGUGCUCUUAUGGUUACUGUGUUGAAAGUGUUUUGCGUAGGAUGUGUACAGUGCCCAGUAGUGUAAUUUUCUGUAUGUUAUAUAUAUUUUAUUUACUCUUUUACUUGUUUGUCAUUUGACUGUGGCCAUGCUGGAGCACCACCUUUAGUCGAGCAAAUCGACCCCAGGACAUAUUCUUUAUAAGGCUAGUACUUAUUCUAUCGCUUUCUUUUGCCAAACUGCUAAGUUACGGGGACGUAAACACACCAGCAUCAGUUGUCAAGUGAUGUUAGAGGGAUAAAGACAGACACACACACACACACAUAUAUAUAUAUACAUAUAUACAACAGGCUUCUUUUCAGUUUCCGUCUACCAAAUCCACUCACAAGGCUUUGGUCGGCCCGAGGCUAUAGUAGAAGACACUUGCCAAAGGUGCUGUGCAGUGGGACUGAACCCGGAACCAUGUGGUUGGUAAGCAAACUACUUACCACACAUCCAUUCCUUAUUAUUAUUAUUAUUGUUGUUAUUAUUAUUAUCAUUAUUAUUAGCUGGCAGAUUCUUUAAAGUGUCAGAAAAAGCACUUUGUGGUAUUUGUUCUGGUUUUUUACAUAUCAUCUGGUUCAAAUCCUACUGAAGUCAACAUUAACUUUCAUCCCUCCAUGGUCAAUAAAAUAGAAAUACCAUUGAAGAACUAGAGUCAAUUCCUCCCCACUCACCUCAGACUUCUUGCAAUGUGCCUUGAUCAGAAACCACUGUUGUUGUUGUUACUCUUUUACUUGUUUCAGUCAUUUGACUGCGGCCAUGCUGGAGCACCACCUUUAGUCGAACAAAUAGACCUCGGGACUUAUUCUUUGGAAGCCUAGUACUUAUUCUAUUGGUCUCUUUUGCCGAACUGCUAAGUUACGGGCACGUAAACACACCACCAUCGGUUGUCAAAUGAUGGUGGGGACAAAUACAGACACACAAACAUAUACACACACAUACAUAUAUACAAUGGGCUUCUUUCAGUUUCCGUCUACCAAAUCCACUCACAAGACUUUGGUUGGCCCGAGGCUAUAGUAGAAGACACUUGCCCAAGGUGACAUGCAGUGGGAAUGAACCCGGAACCAUGUGGUUGGUAUGCAAGCUAUUUACCACACAGCCACUCCUGUGCCUAUAAACUUACUGUGAUUAAAGGUGUCUUGGGGUUUUCAUUCCUAAGGUAUUUUUUGAUGUUAUUAUUUUUAUUAUUAUUAUUCAGGUCACUGCCUGGAAUUGAACUCGGAAUCUUGGGGUUAGUAUCCCGUGCUCUUAACCACUACACCAUAUGCCCCUGGCUAUAUGUUGUUAUUAUUAUCAUUAUUAUUAUUAUUAUCAUCACCACUAUUAUUAUUAUCAUUAUUAUUAUUCAAGGCAGUGAACUCGGAGAAUCAAUAUUAUGCUGGGUAAAAUGCUUUCUGGCAUUUUGUCUCUCUUUAUAUUCUAAGUUUAAAUUCCGCCAAGGUCAACUUUGCCUUUCGGCCUUUCAGGUUCAAUAAAAUAAGUACCAGCUGAGCAUUGGGGUCAACGUAAUCAACUUACCCCAAACCCCAAAAUAUCAGGCCUUGUGCCUAUAUUAGAAAGGAUUAUAAUUAUCAUUAAAGCGGUGAGCUGGCAGAAUCGUUAGCACACCAGAAUCGUUAGUAGGCAAAAUGCAUUACGCCAUUUUGUCUGUCUUUCUGUUCUGAAUUCAAAUUGAUACUAGUUAAGCACUGGGGUCAAUGUAUUAAUUGACUUAUCCCCUCCUCUGAAGUUGCUGGCUUUGUGCCAAAAAUUAAAAUCAUUAUUAUUAUUUAUUGUCUUUGCACAGCUCCUAGCGCUGGAGAUGUGCUACAGUGUCAGCUGUUCACUACCAGUGAACCAAGGUAACAUCCCUUAUUUUUCAAGCACCAUCCGGAGUAUUCACGCAGUUCCAAGCAGUGCUGUUUUCUGCAAGUGCUCCACCCUUAUUACAACCCCUAUUUGUUCCAUGUACUUCUCAAGAUUUUUACUCACUGUUCCCAGGGCUCCAAUAAUUAUUGGUACUACUGCUACCUUUUUCAUCGACCACAACUGCUUAACCUCACAAGCUAACCUGUCAUAUCUAUCAACUAUUAUCAUUAUUGUUAUUAUUAAGGCAACAAACUGGCGGAAUUGUUAGCAUGCUGGACUCAAUGUUUAGUGGCAUUUUGUCUGUCUUUACAGAUUUGAAGGCUGUUUGACUGCUCUUCAGAGGCCAACCAUUCCUUAAUCUGCAACCUACAUAUGAUAACGUCAUAGUAAGUGCUCUAUAAAUCAGUCACAAACCAAUACUUAUUUACAGUGGAUAGACUAAUUUGCAUAUCAUGCAUUAGUUAAUGGCAUGUUCAGACACUUACUGAAUAUUUAGAUGUUCAAACUGUGUGUAUUAGAAAAUCUAAGAUCAAUUGAGUGCAGUUACCUUGCAGUUUGUAACACCUACAUGAAGAGACUAACCAUAUGUAUCCAUUUUUAUUUUUUAUCUAUUUAUAUUUUGCUGUUUUCAGUCAUUAGACUGUGGUCAUGCUGGGGCACUGCCUUGAAGAGCUUUAGUCAAACUAACCAACCUCUGUACUUAAUUUUUUUUUUUUAUAAGCCUGGUACUUAUUCUAUUGGUCUCUUUUGCCAAACUAUUAAAUUAUGGGAAUAUAAACACACCAACACUGGCUGUUAAGUGGUGGUGGGACACACACACACACACACACACAAAAUGAAGUUGAUGAUGAUGAUGGCCUUCUUUCAGUUUCCAUCUAACAAAUCCACUCUCAAGUCUUUGGUCAGAUCGAGGUUGUAGUAGAAGGCACUUGCCCAAGGUGCCACACGGUGGGACUGAACCUGCAACCAUGUCAUCGGGAAGCAAACUUCUUACCACACAGCCCCACUGAAGGCCCUUACUACAGCCAGUUCAUGUCUACCCUAAAGUUCACUCACAGCACUUGAGUCGAUCUGAGGGUAUGGUAAAAGACACUUGCUCGAUGUACCAUGCAGUGGGUUAAACCCAGGGCCUUGUGGUUGUGAAACAAUCUUUUAAACCAUCUAGCCUUAAAAAUAAAAUGUAAUUAAAACCAUACAGUCAUAGAUGGAACUCUUUUCUUGCUCACAGGUUUGUUCAUGCACAGCUGACCUGCAGUUAAACAACAACAGACUACUACUGCUGCUGCUAGUAGUAGUAGUAGUAAUAGCAGCAGCAGCAGCAGCAGUAGUAGUAGUAGUAGUAGUAGUAGUCAUCAGACAGUAACCCUCUGAGGAUCUGUUCCAAUCUGAAAUUCAGAUAAAUGAUUUUACACAUAACUUCAUAGUCACUGUUGAGCCACUUCACCAGAGAUGAGGAACAUGAGGCCCUCCAGUAGAGAUUGGGGUACCAAGUGCCUUCUGAAGGGCUAAGUGUAGCCUUAUGAAAUAAUAAAAGACACUGAAAAUAGACCAGAUUAUAUUUUUUCUGAUUUAAUUUUAUUUAAAUUUUAUUUUUCAGUUAAUUGUGAAUUUUUGA